UUCAGCGACAUGGCCGGCCACACGCAGCAGCCGAGCGGACGCGGGAACCCUGGCCCUGCACCCUCGCCCUCCCCCGGCCCGGGCCCUGGCCCCGGCCUCUCGGAGCGGGUGGCGCUCAAAAAGGAGAUCGGGCUGGUGAGCGCCUGCACCAUCAUCAUUGGAAACAUCAUUGGCUCGGGCAUCUUCAUCUCCCCCAAGGGGGUCCUGGAGCACUCGGGCUCUGUGGGUCUGGCUCUCUUCGUCUGGGUCCUAGGUGGAGGCGUCACUGCCCUGGGCUCCCUCUGCUACGCGGAGCUGGGUGUCACCAUCCCCAAGUCUGGUGGGGACUAUGCCUAUGUCACUGAGAUCUUCGGGGGCCUGGCUGGCUUCCUGCUGCUCUGGAGCGCAGUCCUCAUCAUGUACCCAACCAGCCUGGCUGUCAUCUCCAUGACCUUCUCCAGCUACGUGCUGCAGCCCGUGUUCCCCAAUUGCAUCCCCCCAGCCGCCGCCUCCCGCGCACUCUCCAUGGCCUGCCUGAUGCUCCUGACCUGGGUGAACAGCUCCAGCGUGCGCUGGGCCACACGCAUCCAGGACAUCUUCACCGGCGGGAAGCUGCUGGCCCUGUCCCUCAUCAUUGGCGUGGGCUUUGUCCAGAUCUUCCAAGGACACUUCGAGGAGCUGAGGCCCAGCAAUGCCUUUGACUUCUGGAUGACGCCCUCUGUGGGUCACCUGGCCCUGGCCUUCCUCCAGGGCUCCUUUGCGUUCAGCGGCUGGAACUUCCUCAACUACGUCACUGAGGAGCUAGUCGACCCUCGAAAGAACCUACCCCGUGCCAUUGUCAUCUCCAUCCCGCUGGUGACCUUUGUGUAUACCUUCACCAACAUUGCCUACUUCACUGCCAUGUCCCCCCAGGAGCUGCUGGUCUCUAACGCGGUGGCCGUGACCUUCGGGGAGAAGCUGCUGGGCUACUUUUCUUGGGUCAUGCCCGUCUCCGUGGCACUUUCCACUUUUGGAGGGAUCAAUGGCUACCUGUUCACCUCCUCCAGACUGUGCUUCUCGGGGGCCCGAGAGGGGCACCUGCCCAGCCUGCUGGCCAUGAUCCAUGUCCGACACUGCACCCCGAUCCCUGCCCUCCUCGUCUGUUGCGGGGCCACAGCGGUCAUCAUGCUUGUGGGAGACACGUACACGCUCAUCAACUACGUGUCCUUCAUCAACUACCUCUGCUACGGCGUCACCAUCCUGGGCCUUCUCGUGCUGCGCUGGAGGCGGCCGGCGUUGCACAGGCCCAUCAAGGUGAACCUCCUGGUCCCCGUGGCGUACUUGGUUUUCUGGGCAUUCCUGCUGGUCUUCAGCUUCAUCUCAGAGCCCAUGGUGUGUGGGGUCGGCGUGAUCAUCAUCCUCACAGGGGUGCCUGUUUUCUUCCUGGGGGUGUUCUGGAGAAGCAAACCAAAGUGUGUUCACAGACUCACAGAGUCCAUGACACGCUGGGGCCAGGAGCUGUGUUUCGUGGUCUACCCCCAGGGUGCCCCCGAGGAGGAGGAAAAUGGCCCCUGCCAGCCGCCCCCACUGCCCGCCACAGACAAGCCUUUGAAGACACAGUGA